AUGGAAAUUCAUAAUCAGACCAGAGGCUUUUUCUAUACGACAACAACAACGACAAAGCCAAAAAUUGAGCGUUUUCGCUAUGAAUGGAAACUUGAAAAGUUUUCAAAAUUUCAUCAGUCAAAUGUUGAAACAUUUAUUGCUCUAUGCCGUGGCGAAAAACGUUAUAAAUGGUUCCUUAAACUGUAUCCAAAACAUCAACAAACAGUUGGUGCUAAAGCAGUUGAGUUUGGUCCAAAAUAUGUGCUGAUUAACCUGUAUAAACAUGAAGAUGAGGAGGCUACAUGGAACGAGAGUGAUGGGUAUCGGGCAAAGAUUUCUUUGGUGGCUGGAAAUUCAAAUCGUGUUCUUGGCGGUACAAAAUCGAUGUCAUCAAGGACAGCAUUUGGUUUGAUUGCAAGCCGUGACGCUGUAUUAAAAGCAAUUUUACCAACCGAUCAACUGAUUGUUCGAGUUGACUUUGAAAUCGUUGUGGAAACACAGUCGAUAUGUUCCUUUGUUUCAAAGACUGUUGAACAGGGUUCAGAAAAUGCAGUGAGAAAAUCUACAGACAGUAUCCAAAAAAGAAAAGACGUUGACGAAGACAGUGAUUUCUGUGUGCUUUCAACACCAUCAAAAGGUAGCUGCGGUAAUACCAGUGGUGCUGCUGGCGUUGGUAUUGGUGCUGACGAUGGAGCUGUUUCGGAAGAAGAUAGCGAUGACGACUGGGUGGUUGCUGAUGUCGCCGAAACAAUCACUGCAACACCAGAAGUUGUGCUAGAAAAAUUUAAUGAAUAUUUCGCAUCCAAGAAAGCUACCCGAAGGCCUGAAAAUUCUAGCCGGGUGCAAACAUCAGCAACUUUGUCACAAAAAGUGCCAUGCAAAGUCGAGGCAAAAAGUUUUGGUACUGUUACCGAAGAAAAAGAGGUUGGAAGUUAA